UAGCUAGAGAUAUAAUUCCAGUUGUAUAAUUAGUAUGGGUCAUUUUUACUUUAAUGAUAGAUUCUGACAAGCCCAAUUUCAUGAAUUCAUGUGACCUUACAAACUUAACACGAUUAAAAAUAAAAUUUAACACUUUAUGAGAGAUCGUAAAACAAUUGUACUAUAGACCACGUAAAAGAGUACGAUUUAAUAAUACGAUAUCUCGGCGCCAGGAUUAUAUUUGGAAUUGCAUUAAAAACAGGAUGUAUUAGCGAUGUUUACAUCUUAUUGUAACACGAAUUAUCAUGCCUAUUUUGUAUUUUUGUGUUGUUUUUAAAACCUAUCAAUGUAAAAAUAUCCAACUAAAUAAAAAAUCUUUCCUAUUUCAUAAUCACUAUUCAUAUUUUCACUAGAGUACUGAAGACUAAGGUCCCUUUUGCGUGGUUUUACCAUUUAAUAUAUUUAUUUGUAUUAUUAUCUGUAUAAUUAUAAUUAUAACAAUGAGUACACAACGUGGAAAUAAGUGUAUUUUUUUUAAUUGCGGUAAAAACAAAAGAGAAAACCCAAAUCUCAGAUUCCAUCGUUUCCCGAAGGAUGAUCGAUCGAUGCAAUGGGUAUUAAACUCUGGAAACACCAGUUUAUUAAAUUUAUCUGUAGAUGAAUUGUAUAAUAAGUAUGUUUGUUGUGAUCAUUUUGAAGCCUCCGAUUAUCUUAGUGAGAAAAAAAUUUAUUUGUCUAAAUCGGCUAUACCUCAAAAAUAUGACAAAAAUGAUGAGGUAAUCAAAGUUUUGACUCCAGUUAGGACUUAUAAAAAAAAACAAGAAAAGACACCAACAGAAUCGCCAAAAGUUUCUUUAUAUGCACAACAGCNAUCGCCAAAAGUUUCUUUAUGUGCACAACAGUUAUUUUCACCCUCAACUUCUACUUUGUCACCAGCUACUAGAAAUUUCAUAAACAAUUUAACUGAAAUGCCAUCCACUCCUGUUUCUCACAAAGUAUCGAAGAACAAUUAUGAACAAAAAUGUCCAAAUAUUUCUAGUCCAGAUUCUCUUGUGACUAAAUUAAGAAGCAAAUUAAAGUGUUUAAGAAACCAAGUUCAAGUCAUAAAAAAAAUUAAAUAUUCAAGUAAGAAUUCUAAAAUUUUAGCUGAAAUGCAAAUGUUUCGUAAUAAUAAGUCUAGAAAAAUUUAUUCGCGAGCUCAAAAAACUUUUGCUUUAAAUUUAUUUUAUAAAUCUCCUACAACUUAUAAAUUUUUAAGAUACCGCCAAGGUAUAGUUUUACCUGGGGUAACAUCUAUAAAAAGAUGGAUUGGUAACUCUAAAUUCCGACCCGGUUUUAAUUCAGCUUACCUUGACCACAUAAAAAUUAAAGUUGGGCUUAUGUCCCAACAAGAUAAAUUUUGUGUAAUUUCAUUUGAUAAAAUGAAAAUCAAAACUUUUCUUGAGUACUCUAAAUUUUUAGAUUGUGUUGAGGGUUAUGAAGAUUUAGGACAUAAAGGUCGUUCUAAUUAUCUUGCUUCUCAAGCCAUGGUAUUUCUUGCCAGAGGCUUAUAUGGCAGGUGGAAAUUACCUUUGGCAUAUUUCUUAUCUGGUACUUCUAUGAAUCAAACAAAUUUAAGUAGUUUAAUUGUAGACGUAAUUUCAAAAGCGUCACAAAUAGGUUUACUUGUGACUUCAAUAGUUUGUGAUCAAGGUACNACGUUUCUCAAUGAACAGUGA